GGGGGGGGGAGCCACGGGGACCGGAGAAUGUAUCUGAGCGAAGAGUUCAAGCUCGUCACCGACGGGAGCAAUUUCAGUGACUCGUCGGGCGUUCUGAAGGAUGGGUUCGAUCGGAUGAUGGAAGUCGUGAGGCUAAGCCACGCCGUCUCCGGCGACGGAAACAUUUCCGGCGGUGGCGGAUCUGCUCUGCUACAGGGACUUCACGUCAUCGUCGCUUCGCCGAGCGAAGAGUUGCACUAUGGCGUGGAUGAGUCAUACAAGUUAGUGGUGCCAUCUCCAGAGAUGCCAUCCUAUGCGCACCUCGAGGCAAAGAGUGUUUAUGGUGCAUUACAUGGCCUUCAGACCUUCAGUCAGUUAUGUCAGUUUAACUUCAAGCAAAGGGUUGUCGAAAUCGCGAUGACCCCUUGGAGCAUCACAGAUGGGCCGAGAUUCUCGUACCGCGGCCUUUUGAUAGAUACUUCUAGGCACUACUUGCCAUUGCAGACCAUCAAGAAAGUUAUAGAUUCCAUGGCAUAUGCCAAACUGAACGUUCUUCACUGGCAUAUCGUGGACACUCAGUCUUUUCCCUUGGAGAUACCUUCGUUUCCGAAGCUUUGGGAUGGUUCUUACACCGCAUCUGAAAGAUAUACAAUGGCCGAUGCCUCUGAAAUCGUUAGUUAUGCUCAAAGGCGAGGAAUCCACGUUUUAGCCGAGAUCGAUGUCCCGGGACACGCUCUGUCAUGGGGAACCGGGUAUCCUUCCUUGUGGCCGUCGAAGAACUGUCGAGAACCACUUGAUGUCAGCAGCAAAUUCACUUUCAAAGUCAUAGAUGGGAUUCUUUCGGAUUUCAGCAAGGUUUUCAAGUUUAAAUUCGUUCACUUGGGCGGGGACGAAGUUAACACAACUUGCUGGUCUACGACACCUCGUAUCGCCAAAUGGUUAAGAAGACAUCGAAUGAGUGAACUGCAAGCUUACCAGUAUUUCGUCCUUCGGGCACAACGUAUCGCUUUAUCUCAUGGAUACGAAGUUAUCAACUGGGAAGAGACCUUCAACAAUUUCGGCAAAAAGCUUAGCCGGAAAACUGUAGUUCACAACUGGCUCGGGGCAGGAGUUGCAGAGGAAGUAACAAGAUCUGGACUAAGGUGUAUAGUGAGCAACCAGGACAAAUGGUAUCUAGACCACAUAGACACUCCAUGGGAAAGCUUUUACAUGAAUGAGCCUCUCGAAAACAUCACGAACCACGAGCAGCAACGUCUAGUUCUCGGAGGCGAGGUUUGCGCUUGGGGCGAACACAUCGACGCUUCAGAUAUCGAACAGACCAUAUGGCCUCGAGCUGCAGCAGCUGCAGAACGGCUAUGGACAACAUAUGAUAGAUUGGCGAAUGAUCCCGAGAAGGUUAGGACAAGAUUGGCUCACUUCAGAUGCUUGCUAGAUCAGAGAGGAGUUGCAGCUGCUCCUCUGGAAGGCGGCGGAAGAGCCGCCCCUUUCGAACCCGGUUCCUGUUUUGUGCAGUGAUUUCUCUUCGGGAAAAAACCAUUUUUUUAAUAGAUUGUUGUAAUAUGCCGUCUCGUUCUUGAAAACCAGUCGAGGCCAUUGAUUCGUUGCAGCGAAGUUGCACUACACUCGGUAUGAUCUGUAGUUCAUCGGAAACAUUCAAGAGGGGAACUCUUGUUUUGCGAUAUGAAUCCGCUGCCAUUUCUAUC